GUUGGCUGUUUCUGACAAUGCGCCUACUUACAGGUGGCAAGCUUGUCCGUAAGGCUUACAAAGGACACAUAGUUUUAUGUCAGUGAACUGCAAAAGUUCAGACUUUGAGCAUCCGCCAGUAAAUGCCGUAGUUAUAAAACCUGAUUUAGAAUUAAUGGGGUUUUCGGGCGGGCCGCCAGUCAUAUUGGGUUUUGAGGAAUUUAAUUUUGGUGGCCAUCUACGCGGUCAAAAUCUGAUCUUGGGAACGUGUUUUUUGUGUGUUUAAGGUGUGAUUAAGGAUAACAGAGAGGCACAUGGAGGAGGGGCCUGAUGCACUUUUCUUGUCAAAAACCUGCUGGCAUUCCUUUUAUGUUUGUGUUUUUCAACUGCCGGUAUAGAUUAUCUUUCAAGGUCUGAGAAGAAUUCAAAGGCGCAUUAUUUAGGAUUUUGACUGGGGAUAUAAGCUAUUGAUAAGAUUUGGACCUGAUGGGAGCAACAACUUGUGGGGAGACAAACUUGGCACCAGCAGUUUGAUGCAUCACACACAAUGUCUUCUGAAUCGCUGGUUCCCUCUCCUCCUCCUCCCCCCCCUCCUCCUUCCAUGAAGAAGCAUUGGUGGCUCAGUAACAAAAAGCUUGCAGAGAAACAUUUGAGUCAUGCACAGGCAUUACUGGGAAACCAGGAGUCUAAUGAGAUCUAUUCGGCACUUAAUCUCCUUGAUGCUGCUCUUGACUUAUUUCCCAACUGGGAGAAAGCCUUGGAACUCAAAGCAAGAGCCCUCUUGUACCUCAGGAGAUUUAAAGAGGUUGCAAUCAUGUUGCAGGAGUAUAUCCCAAGUGUAAGGUUCAGGGAGGACAUAUUUUCUUCUGAAAGCUCCCCAGUAUCUAGAGAAAAAGUGAAGCUCCUUCCAAGAUAUGUAGAAGAUGAAAACUGCAGGGCAAAUGCUUUUCUAAAAUGCUUCUCAGUGUCCAAAUUAAAGAAGAAAUUGUUAGCAGGGUUGUCCAAGAGAUGUGAGAGGGAGGAAUGGAGGUAUUUGGUUCUUGGACAGGCCUGCUGUCAUUUGGGUCUCAUGGAGGAUGCACUGCUUUUGCUCCAAAGUGGAAAAAGAGUUGCAUCUGCAGCCUUUAGAAGAGAGAGCAUUUGUAGGAGCGAUGACAGCUUUUGCUCUGAGAAUUCUGCUACAGACGCAGAAGUAGUUAGCCAUUUGCUUGGGAAUAUCAAGCUUCUUCUUAGAAGGAAAGUGGCAGCAAUGGCUGCUUUAGAUGCUGGUCUGUACUUAGAAUCAGCAAGACAUUUCUCAAAAAUUCUUGAUGGAAGAAGGGGUACCCCACAAGGCUUCAUAGCAGAAUGCUAUAUGUUGAGGGCCACAGCUUAUCAAGCUGAUGGACGCGUAACAGACUCUAUUGCCGAUUGCAACAGAACACUUGCAUUAGAUCCCACUUGCAUGGAAGCUCUAACCACUAGGGCAUCUCUUUUUGAAACUGUAAGAUGCUUCCCUGAGAGUUUGCAGGAUCUGGAACACCUAAAACUGCUUCAUGAAUCCAUUCUUCGUCACCAGAAGCUGCCAGGGCCUAUUUGGAAGCAUCCAAAUGCCAAUUUCAGGGACAUUCAUGCAAAUCUUCAGCAUUUGAAUAGUAAGAUUCAUACUAUGAAACAGAGCCUGUCCAGUUCUUACACAAUUGAUUAUUAUACCCUCAUUGGUUUGAGAAGAGGCUGCUCAAGGACAGAUGUUGAACGUGCUCAUCUGUUACUUUGCUUGAGGCACAGGCCAGAUAAAGCCUCACAUUUUGUUGAGCGGUGUGAGUUUGUGGAUGAAAGAGAUAUUGAUGCUGUUAAAGACCAGGCCCGUGCAUCGGCCUUAAUGUUGUAUAGAUUGUUGCAAAAGGCUUACACAUACAUAAUGACUUCUAUUAUGGAAGAAGAAGCAGAGAAACAGAAACAGCUGAGGGCCAUUGAGGCAAAAAAGGAAGAGCAUAAUGUACACGUUAAAAGAGUGCCUGAGAAAUAUGUUAAAAUUACUAAUGUAUCCUUUAUUGAUACAAGAGCCAGCUUGAAGCAAUCGAGUUCUUUGAAAGAGAAUGAAGCAAAACAAAGUGCAAUUGAUCCUUCAGAUCCCAAGAGAAAAGAUGUCGACAGUGAUCUCCAACAGGUUAUCCUGGAAACAAAGUCGACAUCCAAUGAUACAUUAACGGCCAGCACCUCUUCUUUGACUUGCAAUAUACAAAGUGAAGCUCCCAAGGUGAGUGAUGCAUCUCCGUUUAACAUAUACAGUUCUGUUCAGGACGACUCGAACAUGCAAGAAUUGGCAGACAGUUCUGUUUUCCAGGCAGUCUCAUGCAGGGAUUUAGCAGCUGUUGGGACAAUAUUGUCACAUAGUUUUCAUUCAGACACCUGGAUGACUGGGCAUCAGGGGCACACCUUAAGGUCCCUUCCAGUUAAUUAUGAAGCACUUAGCUGUUCAUGAGUUAUUUACAUGGCUAUUUCUAUCUCUGUCAGAAUGUUUUUUGAGGGCUCGAAUGGGACUUAAUCAAGGCAUGCCAUUGACUGAGGACCAUAAUCAAAAUCAUUACCCCAUCCAAGGUUUACUGUGUUUUGCUGCGGUGAAGAACAUUUGAAAUUAUUGAGUUCUCAUGAGGGGGGCCAUUGUAAAAAUUAGGUUAAGGGUUCCUUCUUGGGGAGUCACAGAGAGCCUUUGUCUGAUUUCAAAAGCAGUACCUCUGUGAUAGCAAUCAAAGGAUUCGUUCUUAUCAUAAUGUAAAGAAUUGUUCUUGCAGAAUAAUCCUUUGCUGUGAACCACACUGGACAAAAUGAACUCUAGACCAUGUUUGAAAGCUUUGAAGGCACAUGAUCUCUCUUUACAUUUAGUCUAUACUGGCUUUGUAAAUGUCAAUUUUAUCAGUUGACUCCGUGGAUGCAUUGUACCAUCUCGUAACUAUGUCAUUGAUAUUGCAAUUUUGGGAAUACUGUUGCUUGUUUUCUUGCUUUU